AUUCUGCAAGCUAUUGUGGUGUUGAUUCUGAUUGCAGAUGGUCAUGGCUCACCCUUGCGCCAUUUUCCUCCUCAUGCCAUAGUGUGCAAUGGCAGCGAGCAGCUAAGGAAAAUCUACGAUUAUGUUAUCGUGGGCGGCGGUACGAGUGGUCUCGUUGUUGCAAAUCGCUUGACCGAGAAUCCACACAUCAGUGUUCUGGUGAUUGAACGUGGCUACCUUGAUGGCCAAGACAACGGAACCACAGUGCCAGGUCUUGCUGUACCAGGCAAGUAUCUCAACACAGACACCAGUAUCCCUCAACCCGGCCUCAACAACCGCACUGCCCCUUUAUACACUGGCGACGUAGUUGGUGGAGGAACAGUAGUAAAUGGCAUGUUUUUUGCUCGUGGAGCAAGAGCUGACUACGAUGCCUGGGAACGACUGGGUAACCCAGGAUGGGGAUGGGAUGGACUGUUGCCUUAUUUCAAAAAGAGUGAGACGUUCACACCACCAAUUGAGGAGACCCAGGAUAUGUUCCCUGGAGUAAUCUCAUCUGAUCUCGAGCCUCACGGUGUUGAUGGCCCCGUGGGAUCGAGUUUCUCAAACUAUCAGUAUCCAGUCAUCGAAAACUUCUUUGCUGGUUGGAACAGCAUUGGUGUUGCCAUAAACCCUCAACCGAACAACGGAGAGGUCACUGGUGCUUUCUACAGUACCAUCUCGGCAUAUGCGAAGAACCAGUCUAGAGCACAUGCUUCUAAUGCUUACUAUCGCCCUAUCGCCAAUGUGAGAAGGAACUUGCAUCUGCUUACUGGGCAUACUGUUUCCAAGAUCAACUUCGAGGAUGAUUUGAGAGCGGUCUCUGUUGAUACCAGUACGGUCAGAGCGGGCUGUGAGAUUAUAAUGGCAGCAGGCGCCGCCCGUACUCCUCAGAUCCUUCAGCUUUCUGGUAUUGGGCCUGAGCCGCUGUUGUCGAAUCUUGGGAUCGAGACUGUCGUGGAUCUACCAGGCGUGGGAAGCAACUUCCAAGAUCAGCCUACGCUGUAUAUGCAGUUCAGCUACGGUAGUUAUACCUUCCCGAGCCCGGACUGGAUCUUCUCGAACGCGAGCUGGGCUUCUGAGCAAUUAGAGAUCUACUACAAGAACCGCACAGGCAAGCCUUACCACCGAUCGCUUUGGUUCAGCAGUGCAAUGACAGUGCCGUACCUAAGCGGCAGCACUGUAGCCUUUCUCCCACUCCAAAACAUCACUUCUGACUACCACUCUAUCAUUGCCUCCGCAUCAUCAGUAAAUAUUUCAUCCCUGCUUCCACUAUCAACUCACCCUUCGAUCAUCUCCGGCUACACAGCACAAACCAAACUCCUCGAAUCUCUUUACUCAUCCUCUCACGCUGCAGUAGCAGAGAUAGCCUGGGAAGGCGGCAACACCCUUCCUCUGGCAAUGAUUCGUCCUGCCAGCAGAGGAGCCAUAUACAUCAACACCACAGACCCUUCAGCAGCACCUGUUGUCAACUUCAAUACCUUCUCUCACCCCAUCGACAUGGCCAUCGCAGUCGCAUCUGUCAAGAAAAUCCGCGACUGGGUUUCUUCACCACCAAUGCAAGCUCUGGGAACUGUGGAGACUUUCCCAGGUAAGAAUGUCUCGACAGAUACUGAAAUUGAAGAGGCGAUUAGGAACGCAGCGACGAGUUCGUGGCAGCAUCCUUCAUCGACGACGGCGAUGAUGAAGAGGGAGUUGGGUGGUGUUGUGGAUGAUGAAUUGGGGGUAUAUGGUACGAAAGGGUUGAGGAUAGUUGAUUCGGGUAUUUUUCCCAUGGUUGUGGCUGGACAUAGCAGUAGUAGUGUUUAUGCUGUUGCUGAAAAGGCGGCCGAUAUCAUCAAGACGUCUUGGGUG